AAUCAUCUGACCGUCCGAUGAAAUAAUGAGUGAUUAAUAUUUAAGCAUCUGCGACUAAUAAUACCCUCUUUUUCUUAGCCAAUAAUACCCUUAUUAUAAGGUGAAGCUUUUUGAAUUUAUUUUGAAGUGCAAGCAGCGCCGCCGACCUACUACGCCACCGAUGUCGACGGUUACGUAGGCGCCGACGCAAAUCUCCACCGCGUUAUGACGUCAUUGCCGACGCCACUCAUUAUAUCAGCAGCAACUUCCCAUUACUAUCUCCAUUUUACUUCUCUCUUGAUAAAAAAUUUUGCCAAAUAUGACGUCACUCGAUUUCUCCGUGUUGACGUCAGCUGGGCUCCGAAUCCGAGAGCUACGGGCAGGCAUCGAUUGACGGUAUCUGCCUGCAAACGCUUCGAUCGACAUUCAACACUCAUGAACUUCAAGCAGGCGUCGUGCUCUUUUUUCCCCUGUGAAAUGAAGGUGAGAAUUGUUGGGAGUGGAAGACACUGCCUGAGGGAGAGGCACACAGCAGCAAUCUGGAAACACAAAGGGCAUUUUUAAAAGAUUCACUCUUCAAGCUGGCUCUUAUUCACAUUGCUCUCUCUGUAUUCUCAGUCGAAAAUUCUGAAACCUUCCGAGGCCUCAAACUGAGGCCGUCCUCGACAGUUAUCUCGAGCAUUAGUGAAGCUCGGCUCCAUGGAAACGAAGGUCAUUAGUGGAGUAGAGUUCUCGAGCCUCCCUAGUAGCUACAUCCGCCCCGAAUCUGAUAGGCCUAAGCUAUCCGAAGUUACGGAUUGUGAUCAUGUUCCGGUCAUCGACUUGAGUUGUGAAGAUCGUGGCCUGUUAGUUAAGCAGAUCGGCGAUGCUUGCCAAGAAUAUGGAUUCUUUCAGGUGAUCAAUCAUGCUGUGCCGAAAGAAUUAGUGGAUAGCAUGGUGAAGGUGGCUCACGAAUUCUUCAAUUUAUCCGUGGAGGAGAAGAUGAAGUUGUACUCGGACGAUCCUUCCAAGCCUAUGCGACUCUCAACGAGUUUCAACGUGAGGAAGGAGACCGUUCACAAUUGGAGGGACUAUUUCCGGCUCCAUUGUUAUCCCUUGGAGAAAUAUGCACCCGAAUGGCCUUCGAAUCCGGCUUCUUUCAAGGAUAUUGUAAGUGCCUACUGCAAAGAAGUUCGAGGGCUCGGGUUCCGGCUGCAAGAAGCCAUAUCGGAGAGCCUAGGCUUACAGAAAGACUCCCUAAAGGAUGUAUUGGGAGAACAAGGGCAGCAUAUGGCCAUCAACUAUUAUCCUUCGUGCCCACAACCCGAUCUCACGUAUGGAUUGCCGGCUCAUACGGAUCCCAACGCCCUCACCAUUCUCCUCCAAGAUAUGCAAGUAUCUGGUCUUCAAGUUCUUAAGGAUGGUAAAUGGUUAGCAAUAAAACCUCAGCCAGAUGCCUUUGUCAUUAAUCUUGGUGACCAAAUUCAGGCUUUGAGCAAUGGGAAGUAUAAAAGCGUUUGGCAUCGAGCCGUUGUAAAUGCAAACAAAGUUAGACUGUCAGUGGCCUCGUUCCUCUGCCCAUGCGACUCAGCAAACAUCAGCGCUCCAAAGGAACUUAUAACGGGAGAUGAUCGAGCCAUCUACACAGAUUUCACGUACGCUGAGUAUUACAAGAAGUUCUGGAGCCGGAACCUCGACCAGGAGCACUGCUUGGAGCUAUUCAAGAAUUAGUAUUUGCCUGCCUCUGCUCGUCAUAGCGUCUUCUUCUCUCCCUCGCACCAUCAACAUCAGAUGGGAUCGAGGUCAGGUGAUUGAACACUCGAUUUUUGCCGUAUUUUGUAUGCGUUCGCUCGUAUUUUUCCCUGUUUGUUCAGCUCUUGUGUCAAUGGCAUUAUGUUGUUUUAGCAUUAACCAGAAGAGUUGCAGUUUUAGUAUCUUAUCUGUCUUAAAUUAUUCAAUGUUGGUGUGGCUAAGUUUCUGUGCAGCUACCUAUUUUGUUCACUAUACAUAUGGCAACAACAAUAAAGUUUUAAAUUCCAGUAA